AUCUGUCUGUCCGAGCCUGUGUCCGUAUCAAGCCUCAUCCCGAGCGGCUGAGGUUUUGCUAGAGCCGGGAAGAAACUUCAGGAUGCUUCCAUUUCCACUGUGGAACGAAUUCUGAGCGCCGGGAGAGCAGGGCGGCGCGCGACCAAUAGCCACCUGUCCCGCCCGCCCGGGAGCCUUGCAGGCUGGAGGGCGGCUGGAGAGCGGCGGCGGCGCCCGGCGGCGACGUGGGUGCUGUGGGCCGGGACUCCAGCAGUGCCCACCAACCGCUGCGCCCAGGGACCGCCAGCAUGAGCAAGCCCGCCGGAUCAACAAGCCGCAUUUUAGAUAUCCCCUGCAAAGUGUGUGGUGACCGCAGCUCCGGGAAGCACUAUGGGGUCUACGCUUGCGAUGGCUGCUCUGGGUUCUUCAAGAGGAGCAUCCGGAGGAAUAGGACCUAUGUCUGCAAGUCUGGAAACCAGGGAGGAUGCCCGGUAGACAAGACACACAGAAACCAGUGCAGGGCUUGUCGACUGAAGAAGUGUUUGGAAGUCAACAUGAACAAAGAUGCUGUGCAGCACGAGCGGGGGCCUCGGACAUCGACCAUCCGCAAGCAGGUGGCCCUCUACUUCCGUGGGCACAAGGAAGACAACGGGGCCAAUGCACACUUUCCCUCCGCAGCUCUGCCGCUGCCGGCUCCCGCUUUCUUCACUGCGGUCACACAGCUGGAACCCCACAGCCUGGAGUUGGCCGCUGUAUCUGCCACCCCUGAACGGCAGGCCCUCGUGAGCCUGGCUCAACCCACGCCCAAGUAUCCCCACGAAGUGAAUGGGACCCCAAUGUAUCUCUAUGAAGUGGCCACUGAGUCAGUGUGCGAAUCGGCUGCCAGGCUUCUCUUUAUGAGCAUCAAGUGGGCUAAGAGUGUGCCGGCCUUUUCCACAUUGUCUCUGCAAGACCAGCUGAUGCUUUUGGAAGAUGCUUGGAGAGAACUGUUUGUUCUAGGAAUAGCACAAUGGGCCAUUCCGGUUGAUGCUAACACUCUACUGGCUGUAUCUGGCAUGAACAGCGACAACACAGACUCCCAGAAGCUGAACAAGAUCAUAUCUGAAAUACAGGCUUUGCGGGAGGCGGUGGCUGGGUUCAGACAGCUCCGAUUAGAUGCCACUGAAUUUGCCUGUCUGAAAUGCAUCGUCACUUUCAAAGCUGUUCCCACUCACAGCGGUUCUGAACUGAGAAGUUUCCGGAACGCCGCGGCCAUCGCAGCUCUUCAGGAUGAAGCCCAGCUAACUCUCAACAGCUACAUCCACACCAGAUACCCCACUCAACCCUGCCGGUUUGGGAAACUCCUGUUGCUUUUACCAGCUUUACGUUCAAUUAGCCCAUCCACCAUAGAAGAAGUGUUUUUCAAAAAAACCAUUGGCAACGUGCCGAUUACAAGACUGCUUUCAGAUAUGUACAAAUCCAGUGACAUCUAAGGUCCCCAGCGCCCACGCUCCAAAACGGGGCAGUAGCGGACAGACUUCUACCACGCAGGACAGAGCCUCAACUA